AAUUAAAAUAUACUGGAUACCCAACGACCUAUACAAACAACCAUUUUACUGGAACCCAAAUUGACUUGCUAGAACAGCUGUUGCAAACUACACCUAGCGCUUGUUAUCAUAUUAGUGGCGACUUUUACUAGAUAAUUUACCGCCAAAGUUUAAAUUCCACGAAUUAAAUUAACAAUUACUAGAAAAUAUAUAUUAUAUAAUAUAUUUUAAUUUGUGGUUACUAGUUACAUUCUUAUAUUGUUCUGUGGUAUAACUAUUGUAGAUCUAUUUUUUUAUUGAUCCAAAAUAUAUUUUUCUUUAAAACAAAAAUGAGUUGUUGUGUUCCAUUUUGUGAUUCCAAAAGAAAAAAAAGUACUUUUGGUGUACCUAAAGACUUAGAUUUAUGCAAAGUUUGGAAUGAAGCUUUAGGUUUUACAUUAAAAUCUAAAUCUCGGAUAUGUGAAAAUCAUUUUAAGCCUCAAGAUAUAACAAGAGAAUGGGUAUCAGGCCAGGGAACUAACAAAUAUACGAUAUGUCUAAAACAACCAAGACUUAAAACUGGAGCUGUCCCUCAAAAAUGUUUACAAUUGCAGCCUAUCAUUGAAAACAGUAUUGGACCAAAUAUAAGUCAAAAUAAUUUAAUGAAACCAACUUCAAGUACAAUUUCCAACUUAGAUUAUAUACCAUUAAAUAAAAAACAAAAGAUCACUAAUCAUUUUAACAUUAUAAAUGAUCACUGCUAUUCCCAGAAUGAGGAUAUUACCACAGUUAAUACAUUUAACAUAAAUAUUGAUGAUGAAUGUCCUAAAGCGGUAAACAGUAAUAGUAUAAGUUUUAAUAGUCAAAAAGUUAAAUAG